ACACGUUUUCGUCUGUAUAUAAUAUUAUAAUAUUCUAUAAUAUAUCAUCGCGUGUGCAUAAAUUUAUUGUAUUCGAUAAUCGCGCCCACUCCCAUGUCUCUUGUAUAACGGCGACCGAAAGCACACCGCGGAAACGCGACCGCAGCUGUGCAGAGGUCAACUACAAAUUUAUCAUACCGUAAACACAAAAUUUAUUCGCAAAUUUCAACACCAAACACAUUUCAUUCGUUUUUUGGACCGCGUUGGACACCUGUAGAUGGCCUGUAAUAACCACAAUGAACUCAAAGAAAACGGUGGCAAGAGAUCCAACAAUAAUGGCGUAUGCGGUAAGUUGUCGUCGUCGUCGUGCAAUGAGUCGGCCGAUAGGACUCGAAAGGUCACGUUGAACGUCGGCGGCGAAAAGUCGUCCAAGGGCUCAAACGCUAAGUCUUCCCGCGGAAAGUUACGUCGAGGCAAGAACUACUCGGUAGGCACCCUGGACCAGGCGAUCCGCCAGAGAAAAAUAUUUACCGCGGUGGCCAAAAUGCCGACCGAAAUUCAGACGAUGUUGAUCGAAAACGGCUGGAUCGGCAAAAUUAUGGUCGCCGACGACUGUUUCCGUCGGAACGGUACCUCCGUCGAGGUGAUAUCGCUGCACAAUAACGUUGAGCGCGUAAAAGUGGUCGUCAAACGUUACGAAUCUGGCCUGAUGUGGACGGACGCACGCAGCGGCGGCGUCAACUGGAUGACACUGCACCCGGACGUCGUGGUCAAUCGGUUCCCGAGGGACGGGAAUGCCGCAUUGAAGUUGUGUGGCCACGCUCUAGCUGGACAAUCCGAGUUCGACAACCACUACCCGAGGGCGUACCCGGCGUGCACCGAAGGUAUUCAUGCAGAGAGCUUCGUCGCGGAUUACUCGCUAACCGCUUGUGUGUCGUUACUGCGGGCAUUCGUGGACGGUGGUCAUCACACCAUGUGCGCCAAAAACGGUCAGGUUCCUCUUUCGGCACUUAACUUCGCCGCGAUUAAAUGUCACCAAUACCUAACCGACGGCAGAUCGCUAAGGGCGGCUUCGUUUCCAGGGAAGGGCGAUGUUUGGGAAAAGUUUUUUGAACAUUACUACAAGAUCGUACACGACCGACGGAAGUUCACAGUGCCGGUAGCGGCCGACGACGAGGAAGCGGCGCUGCGCUACCUGACGACGUUUAGUGGCCAGUUGGUUGACCAGUUGACAACGGUGAGGCCGCAAACGGCGAUGGACGGUUACGAGAACGUGUGGAUUGUUAAGCCUACGGUGGCCCUGCAGUGCGGCCGGCCGGUGAUGCUGAAUAAGAUCAGCGAUGUCCUUGACUGUUGCGCGCGCGUAGUUGGUGCCCACCACAUCGUUCAGAAGUAUAUCGAGACACCACUGCUGUGCGAUAACGUCAAGUCAGACGUGCACACGUGGAUCGUGCUCUCGACGCUUGAUGGUCGGCUGACUGUGUGGCUGCACCGGACGUGCGCUGUGCAACCGUACACGCACGGGUUCUCGCUGCACCCGGGCGCCACCAAGGACGGGCAUUUCCAUCGGGUCAAGUCAGGUGUACUACACGGGAUGCUGCGGCCGACGGCACUGACUUGCGGCCUCAAUCAGCUCGUCGAGACCAUACGGCAUGGCAAGAAAACGGGUAAGCAGCAGAAGAAACGGCGGCAUCAGCAGCAGAAACAGCAGCUGGCGGUGAACGACGAUGGAGAAGACAACGACGACGAUUUAUACUUGGCGGUCAAGCGGUCUGUGGGGUCGGCAAUGGCCACGGCCGCGACGGCCGGCUCGCUUGACCUGAGACCCAAUUGUUUGGAACUGUUCCGUGGCACGUUCGUCCUGGGUGAAGAUACGCGGCCGUGGCUGAUCGACAUCGUAUCGGACGAUCCGUGUCUGGACACUGACUGUAGCAAGAAAUGUGACCGGAUGGCGCCAUUGGCCGUCGUAGCGCGGAGCGUGGCCCGUGGCGUGGCCAAGAUGUUGGUGGACAGUGGUCGCGGUCGGGCCACCCGGAUAGGCAUGUUUGACAUGGUGCACGAGUGUUCGAUGCCAGUCGGCGCUGUUCCGUACGCGCCGCGACCAUUCGCCGAGUCCGCGCCCACAUCCGCCGCGUACAAGUUGCUGGCCAGCAGGAUCGAUCGACCGCGCAGCCACGUGUCCACACAAGCUUCGCGCAGUCACGCCCGUCACCAUCACCACUGGUGGGACGACAAUUCCAUCAGCACGUACGUGCAGACGGUUAGUGUGGACGACGUGCAGGAUAAACCUCUAACACCCUCACCGGCGGCCGGUGUGAAGGUGGAAGCGGUGUCAGUAGACGAUGCAGAGCUGUGCUCAGCAGACGAUGUGGAGUUUGGGUCGUCCGAAAACCACAACCUUUGCGGCCCACGCAAAACCUGUCGUUGCUCGAAGCUAUUCAAAAAGUGUAAGACGAAAAUCUCGUCUGUGCAAAAGAUUUGCAAGUCCAUCAUACGCCGAGACCGCAACAACAACAGUCGAAAAGCGUGACGAAACUCAGUUUUUGCAGCGACGACCGUUAAAUGAGUUUGUGCGGGCUGAAAAUGUCAUGAUUUUCGGAUCGUCUGCAUCGUCUGCUGCCCAACUAGCUGCAGACAGGUCACCGGUUAAACUGAAGUCGCAGUUCAUCACGUCGUCCCACUGGUCGUCUCGGAUUUUAAAGAAUUUAACUAUCAAAAGCAAAACUGAUUAGACUGAUAUCAAGAACCAAGAGCACGAUCAAUUAAAAUUAACACGCACAUUAUAGAAAUGUUAAAUGCAAUUUAUUAACAAAGUGUGUAAAAGAACUUUGAAGUCUUUAAAGUUUAACCCAAUGUGAAUGUACUAAUAUAUAAUUUCUUUACAGUUUACCUACUUCAGUAUUUACUCGUAGGUCGGACAUCGGUUAGUGAUAAACAUUAUUCGCGCUUUGUUGUUUCAACAAAUAAUAUAUUACAGUUGUGUAUGUUAUAAUUUACACGUCAAAAAUCAGUGGUUAAUUUCUUCAGAUGCCUAUUAUUCUGUUGAAAUAAAUAAAAAUAUACUCAUAAAUACGAGAAAUAAGAAACAACA